AACGGGCUUUUCCAGAUUGACCUCUGGAGUGGCGCUUACUUCCGUCUCCAUGGCUAACGUUAGCAUACCUGUUACACCUGUGUUAUAGGAGCCCGGGCGCGGACCGGUUUCCCCACACACCUGCUCCCUAGUCUGAACCUAGACUACUUCACAUUUGUGCCAUGGGCACAAAACCAGAAACCAGCUCCAUCGCUAGUGUAUCCGCUGACCUGGACAGCAGAGAACACGGUUCGAAGAUGGAUCUAAGAAAUAUGGAGUUUGAACCACAACUUUUUUCCCCAUCUUCUUUCAACAAUAACCUACCACCGAAGGAAUCACCGACGAAAGACGAGCCUCCUUCCGUCCGUGCCACAUCGGCGUCCACCACCUCCGAUACGGAGUCGGGGAUAUUCUCGGUCGAGUCUGAAUUAUGCGUGGAGCAUGAAUCAGAGCUGGACUGGUUUUGUAUUUCGGAGCAGAAACUGAUAUGCUCCCACUGCGCCAUCGUGGGUUCCUGCCACGGACACUCGGUCACACAGCUGACCACCAGAGUAACAGCCAUCCGGAACCAGCUGGUCGACGUGUGUGAGAAAAUCCAGCUGCAGGCGCAGCGGAUUGAGCGCUUUGUCAACCAUACUUUAGCAGCCAAAGAACGAGCUCUGCAGACGGAGGCCAGCAGAGCCCGGGAGCACAUCCUGGCCCAGGGGAGCCGGGUACGGGAGGCCCUGGAGGAGGAGGAGCAGCGGCUCCUGGAGGCGGUGCAGCGGGAGGAGGAGCGGGUGGAGGAGGGCCUCCUCACCCAGCGCUCCCACUGGAGCCGGGCGCUCAGCGGCCUGGGGCAGACGCGCUCGCGCCUGGUGCACGUCCUCACGCACACGGCCGACGCCCAGCUAGCGACUGCCGGCCAGGAAAUAACCGAAAGAGUGGAGGAGGCUGAGGGAGUCGGGCACCCCUGUGACACAGACAAGCUGAACCUGAACACGGCCUGCAGCGACAGCAAGCUGCUGAGGGGCCUGUGGGCCGGGGCCGUACUGCUGGGCCCCGCUGCGUACGGCCCGGCCGACCUGCAGUUCGACCCGCGCACCGUCAGCCCCCUGCUGACCCUCUCAGAGGACGGGCGCACCGUCACCUUCUCCAAGAGGCACCCCCGCGAUUCCCCCGCCUACGACCCCGCCCGCUUCGACCACUGGCCCAACGUGCUGGGCACGGCCGCCAUGUCCACGGGCACCCACAGCUGGGUGACGGAGGUGGGCCAGAGCGGCGCCUACAAGGUGGGCGUGUGCUACCAGAGCAUGGAGCGCAAGGGCCCCGGGAACGGGCCGCGGCUGGGCUACAACGACUGCUCCUGGGUGCUGUCGCACUACGACAGCGACUACUCCUUCUGCCACGCCGGGAAGAACCAGGCGCUGCGGGUGGUGCGGCGGCCGCAGAGGGUGGGGGUGCUGCUGGACUGGCCCAGCCACACGCUGCUGUUCUACGAGCCCGACUCGGGCACCGUGCUGCACUCGCUCACGCACCCGUUCAGCGCGCCGCUGCUGGUUGCGUGCGCCGUGGCGGACCGAAGCGCUACCUUGCUGGAGUGACGUCCAACUGCGGCCACUUGGGUUUUUUUAUUAUUUUUUUAAAUAAUAUCUUGGGCUAGUCUUAGGAUUUUUAUGAAUGGACUGAUUGGUGCCGCUGCUCCGAAAUUAAUGUUGCAUCAUUGUCAGUGGCUGUCAAUGAGCGGACAGGUUUAGUUUUGUAUUUUAUUUUGUAUUUAGAUCUAUUUUAUUGAUUAUCUGUAUUAGUCUGUAGAUCAAAUUAUGAAGUCUUGGCAUAAAAUGAAACGUGGACUUACUGACAAUGUGCUUACCUACUGUUUAUUGAUGUUCAAUAUUAAUGCUGGUUCGUUGAUCUGUUCACAUUGUAAAAGAUUUUUAAGAAAGGGAAGUAACUACAGCUCCAUAGGCUUUGCCAUUAUAUCAUUUAAACUGUCAUGCAUUUCACAGUAAAUCAUUUUGUAUGUUUACUGCAAUGAUAUGGGCGUGGCUAGUUCUGGCGGUACACUCUAGUCAUGCGCCACCUGACAGAAACACGGUUCAAUCAAACGCACGUACACUGAUUGGUCAAUUAAAGACCUUCAGUCUCACGCACGCACCCUCUGCCAAGUGUGCUGAGCUGGAUUUCCCCAAACCCGGCCUCCCCCUGCUUUGGUUAUGCCCUGUAUUGUAUGUAACCUACAUAAACGGUUGAGUUAUGAUAUACCCCAUGGGGUAUUGUAUCGUGAGUUUGCCCCAAUUUUUACCCUAAAGGGUGGGACCAUACCGCCAAACUGAAGUGUAUUAAUAUUUCAUGGAAUAAAUUAUUAAAUCUGACAUUGAUUUCUAA